AACUCGAACCCAGGACAUCGCAGCUUCGGCAAUACGUGUGAAAAAUUUUUUGCGAGUAAUAUUGCACAUUCGGCAUAUCGCAAAUUUGCCACGCAUUGUGAUUCGUCGUCUGUAUCUUUGGAUCGACGCCUUGAUACCAUUGAUCAUGGCAAUGUUCUAUUACUAUUUACCGGCUCUCUUGAGCCUCGCGACUGCUUUGAAUCCCACGUCUCAAACUGCGCAGACACAUCCCCAGCAGCAACAGCAAGUGUCGCAGAAUGAAUGGGACCGUAUCGACGUCAAUAAAAUGGAUAAGGAACUUACAAGUUGGCUCAAGAGGGGCCCCGACGUUCCUUAUCCAAUUCAACCGAUUCGGCCACCUCAGACGAUUCAACCGAACCCACCGACACCAUACCCAGACCCACAACCAGGCCCAACGGUUCUACCGGAAGGUUGUCUGGCUCCCAGAGGUCAAUUCGCGAGCUGGAGCAGCUGCUCAAGUUAUCUGAAUUGCUGGGAUGGCAUCGUAAUCGAGCAAGAAUGCCCUGGUGGACUGCUUUUCAAUGAAUACAAAGGCUACUGCGACUUUUCCGACAACGUCUACUGCGGUAGCCGGCCGGUAGCUACGCCCCAACCGGAGCUACAACCCGGUUCGAACGUUUGCCCAACCCCGAAUGGCCAAUACAGAAGUUCAACCAACUGUUCCGAAUUCUACGUCUGUGUGUACGGAAAACCCAUCAUGCGCCAUUGCCCGCGAGGUCUUGUCUACAACGAAGUAUUCGGCAUUUGCGACUACCUCUACAGAGUGGAUUGCCGAGGUGCUGCGGAGCCUGCUCCAUGGUCACCCCCGAUAAUUCCACACCCUCCACACCACCCAUAUCCGCCUACACCACCACCUUCAUACUACCCACCCCAACCUCAGUAUCCUUCCACCUACCCGCCCCAACAUCAUCCUGUAAACCCUUGGCUGUCGAAAGGAUCUAUUGCUGAGCCUGAUCUCUGGAAUCAAAGCCCAGUAGCUUCGUCAUGGGAGAAACAGCAAGAGAAAGACAAAGAGAUCGAGCAACAACAUCAGCUGCAUCUUCAACAAGGCGCAGACAUUGAACAUAGCCUGCAACAGCAAGAAGCCGAAAAACCUUUGCAGACAAAGCCAUGGGACCAGACGCACUUGGUGCCUACGCAACUCGAGGAGAAAAGAUGCACGGACGGAGAGGUUCAUAGGUUGAACAAUUCGUGCAGUAGUGUGGUAGUUUGCAGGAAUGGGCAUCUUCUCCGGAUCGAGUGCCCAAGUGGACUCACAUACGACAAGCCCUCAGACUCGUGCAAGCCUUCGACAAUCGCCAAAUGGUCAGUAUAACUCAUGUAACUCAGAUAUUACCGCUGUAGCGGUAAGAAAGUGGAAACUGGUGGGUCGAUUGCAGUUUUAAAAGA